GCGGGAUAAUAAGAUUACAUAUUAUUUAUAUGUACAUUCAUGAAACUUGUUGAAAUUUGUAGCUAUCUGCUUCUCAAGUUGUUUGUUGUUUGUAUGUAAACAAACUAUCAAUUAACAUAAAAAUCGGCACUAAAAUGGCUAUGACCAAGUACAUGCACCCUCGAAACAAGUACAAAAACAAAUUAGACUUUGCUAGUUUGGCGGCUAGCUAUCCAGCCUUCGCAGAAUACGUUCAAACGGGACCAUCAUCUGGAAAACCAACCAUCGACUUCUCCGACAAGAAUGCCGUCAGAGAGUUGUCCAGAACCCUGCUGGCCUCUGAUUUCGGUUUGAAAGUGACAAUUCCCUCAGAUUCGCUCGUGCCGACGAUACCUUUGAGGCUGAAUUAUCUUCUUUGGCUUGAAGAUCUCCUGAAUUGGACGGAAAACUGCGGGCAAAAUGUCCAUGGUAUAGAUAUAGGCACUGGUGCUUCUUGUGUUUACCCACUGCUGGCAGCUAGGAAGAAUCGCUGGAAAAUGACUGCGACGGAGAUAAGGGAAGAGAGCGUCAAAGUUGCUGAGGAAAAUGUGAAGGGAAAUAAUCUCGAGGAUCUAAUUUCUAUUGUGAAGGUUGAAGACGAACAGAAGAUUCUGGUGGGAGUCCUUCCAGAGGGGAAGACUACCUACGACUUCUGCAUGUGCAAUCCACCCUUCUUUCGGAGUGAUUCCGAAACCAAUUCGAUGUCAAAAUCAAGAACCAUACUGAGAGAUCCGCCGAAAAACGGCUUCAGUGGAGCCAAAGCGGAGCUCGUGGCGCCAGGAGGAGAGCUGGAAUUUGUCCAGAGGAUUAUUGCAGAUAGCAAGCUUUUGCUCACCAAAAUCAGGAUUUACACAAGCAUGAUUGGACACAAGAACAACGCAAAGAAGCUUGUGAAGGAGCUGCAGUCGUCAGGGGCCAAGUCUUUGACUAAAACCGAGUUCUGCCAAGGAAACACCACUCGAUGGGGCAUUGCCUGGACCUUCUGUCCAGAAAUUAAGCUCCCACCUCUGCAGCAACAGGUGGUUCACAACAAAAAGCUGUUCCAGCCGAUGGAACUUACCAUACCAGAAGAAAUUGAGAGCAUUGAGUACAGUGUCUACUGCCUCAUGAAUCGAAUUCGUGAAAUUUUUGUCAGUUUACAAUUUGAGGUGAGUGAGAAGGGCAAGGCUAUGAGCCCGGGCAGCAAGAAGGCUUGCUUCGAGGUGCGAGCGGUGCGCAACACCUGGUCCAACCGAAGAAGGAAAAGAAGGCAACAGCAGUCGGAGCCGAAGACCAAGAAGCAAAGGGUGGAGGAGGAGGAGGAAGAUCCAAAUCUGCUGAGCUUUAAGGCUGCUGCUUGUGUGGUUGAGAAGAAAAUUGUGUUCAAACUCACCUGGACACAAGGCUCGUUGGGAAGGGACGCACUCCAUCAGAUUAUGCAGUAUUUGAUUAAUGAAUUGAGGAUAAAAAAUAAAUGAGGAUCAUUAUUUACA